AUGUUCUCUGCCGUGCUGAUGGACGCCUACCGUGAUGAACGCCCCGGGAUCCGCAUCUCCUACAGGACGGACGGUCACCUUUUGAAUCAACGGCGGAUGCACUUCCAAUCGCGCGUCUCCCCAACCCCCGUUCACGAACUUCUCUUCGCCGACGACUGCGCCCUGAACACCACUUCGGAAGAGGAGAUGCAACGGAGCAUGGACCUCUUCUCUACUGCCUGCGAGAACUUCGGUCUGGUCACCAACACGCAGAAGACGGUGGUCAUGCAUCAGCCGCCACCCAACACAGUCCCUCCCCCCAACGCGCCGCAAACCAGAGUGAACGGAACCCAACUGCAAGUGGUGGAGAACUUCCCGUACCUGGGCAUUACCCUCUCCCGCGGCACCGAAAUCGAUGACGAAGUGACCCGCAGGAUUUCGAAAGCCAGUCAAACCUUCGGUCGCCUCCAAAGCACAGUUUGGAAUCGUCAUGGUCUCCAACUCAGCACGAAGCUGAAGAUGUAG